UUAACCCCCUAUUAAUGUGUAUUAUUCUCUAUCGGCAGCAAGAAUUCGCGCGCAGUCACUGUAAGUAAUCCGGCAACCUUAAAGAGUAAUCCCGGAGUCUCGAGAAGUUUCAAGAAGUAACGUUGAAGUGUGCAGUGCGCUAAUACUAAGAAUUGCAAUGCGGAUGAUGGAUGUAGGAACAAGCAAGCGCGUAAGUUUCUCGCGACGACUCUAGCCGGCGACUAAUGCAACGGCUUGUCCGAGAAGCGCAAGCUCUGCGAGGUUCACUAGGAGGAGCGCCGCGACUUCACGAUUAUCGAAGAGUCUAAUGCCCGAACUGCAACGAACCUGAACAACGGGAGCCUCGCUCGUAUCAUGGAGAGGUACGAAGCCGUGCAGACCGCCUCGCCGCCUAGAGGUGCAACAGGAUCGAUCAAAGCAAGCUGCUCUCCUAACCUAUUACGGAUGUCGACCGAGAAAGGGCUCGAGACGAGCAAGGCCAUCAAGUAGUCAGCUAUCAAGAGCCAGUUGGACUCGAUGCAGCUGCACAAGGACAAAGAUCCACCCGAAAGCAGACCGGUUGUCGCUGAUAGCCGCAACAGUAUCAGGAUAGCUUUCCUGAGGAGAAACAUUCCCGCAAAGACGGUAGACGAAAUCACAGCAUCGCUGUCGAAAUCUACGCAAUGCCAGUACAAUUCUGCACUCAAGUCCUGGUUCGAUCACUGCAAAGAAAACAACCUCGAUGCGUUUGAGCCAGACACCACAUCCGUUCUGUCAUAUAUAACGAAAGAAUACGAGAAAGGGGCAAAAUACGGCUCGAUAAACUCAACAAGAUGUGCCUUAUCACUAAUCUCAAAAAACGAUAGGAGCAGACCCCAGUAUCUCCAGAUUCGUUAAGGGGACAUCAAAGCUUCGCCCUCCGAAGCCAAAGUACGAUUUUACAUGGGACGUGUCAGAGGUGCUCAAACACCUGGAAACAAUCGAUCCACCGAACGAAGUUCCCUUCGCCCUUCUUACCCAGAAGACAGUCAUGCUCAUACUACUGUGCACAGGGCACAGGGCCCAAACUAUCGCUAGCAUCAAGUGAAAAGAUAUUUCAAUACUACCCAACGGCAUGAUGAUACGCAUCUCCGAUACAAUUAAGACCUCGGCAUCAGGAAAACAUCAGCCAGUACUCUGGCUACCACUCUACACCCAAAACACGAAGAUUUGUGUGGAUACAACACUACAAGUCUACCUUGAAAGGUCUGAUGGACUCAGAACAGAAACCGACAAACUUUUUAUCGCAACUAGGAAACCACACAAAGUUGUAUGCGCACAGACAAUCAGCAGAUGGGCAAAAGCCGUGCUAGAAGACAGCAACAUCGACCUCAGCAUCUUUGGUGCACACUCAAUCAGAGGUGCAGCCACUUCUAAAGCUAAAGCUCAGGGCAUAGACAUAGACACGGUCAGGCGAACAGCAGGCUGGACCGCAAAUUCACAAACAUUCGCUAAGUUUUAUGAUAGGCCCAUUGUAAACACAACCGCACAAGAUUUCGCUACUGCUAUACUUGACGCUAAACAAAGUUAAAAAAAAAAUGUUCUUUUUUCUUGAUUGCAUUAACUAUAUUAUUUUUCAUGGUGUACUUAGAUUAAGCGUCCUCAAACUG